CCUCGGGGUGUCCGGAAGGACUUAAAAUUCUCCAUCACUGAAAUCCUAGCUUCUGCGGAGCGACUGCUCUCCUACUCGGGACCCUGGCCGAGCCCGGGAGUAGGGCUGGAAGCAGCCUAGCUCCUCCGGGUAGGCCGAGGUCGCUACUCCCCACCCCACGCUGCAUAUUCGCUCCCCCAGGACUCAGUGGAAGGGGGCCAGUAGCCUGGCCAGCUCCAGCCCGUUGUCCCUCGGGUCGCCCUGCCCUACGAGCCUUUCUCCUGAAAGACACAUUCCAGAAAUCUCACUUUUAGCUGACAGGUGCGUUGGAUCCCAGACCUGAACCAGGCAGAUUGAGCUCCCCUGCAGUAAUGAAAGGAAAUACACUGAAAUUUCUGAUCCCAGAAUCCCGUGUAACUGCUCAGUUCUCCAUAUCCUAACUUCCUUGGGCCGGAGCUUACUGAAUUUGGGGUGAUGCUCCUUGCCAACCUUGAGAACCCAAAACCAGAGUGACAUUCCCAUGUCCGUGCUAACAAGCUUAGCAGUGAAUUCUGUUCUUUUUCCUUAGUGAAAACUCCCCCUGAAUGAUGGGUGAGACAUUCUCCCAUUUGGGCUCUCGGGAGGAGAACAGGUCUAUCCUGCCGCCCAGCCCGGCCACUGGCAGCAACGCUGCCCGAUACUCCAGCACCCGAAGCAGCAAAUCCUUCUGUUCCCGAGCGCCUUGUGAAGGAGCUGCCCGUGCCAGCUUUGUGAUUUGUCCCACCUGUCAGGGCAGCGGGGAGAUCCCACAAGAGCUAGAGAAGCAGUUAGUGGCCCUCAUCCCCUAUGGGGACCAGAGGCUGAAGCCCAGGCGCACGAAGCUUUUCGUGUUCCUGGCCGUCCUCAUCUGCCUUGUGACCUCCUCCCUCGUCGUCUUUUUCCUGUUUCCCCGGUCCAUCGCCGUGCAGCCCGCGGGCCUCAACUCCUCCACGGUGGCCUUUGACGAAGCUGACAUCCACCUCAACAUAACGAAUAUCUUAAACAUCUCCAAUAGCAACUACUACCCCAUCACGGUGACCCAGCUGACCAUCGAGGUUCUGCACCUGUCCCUCGUGGUGGGGCAGGUCACCAAUAGCCUCCUCCUCCACAUCGGUCCUUUGGCCAGUGAACAGAUAUUUUAUGCAGUGGCCAACAAAAUCUGGGAUGAAAACACAUACAAAAUCUGUUCCUGGAUGAAAAUCAAAGUCCACCACGUGCUUUUGCACAUCCAGGGCACCCUGACCUGUUCCUACCUGAGUCAUUCAGAGCAGCUAGUCUUCCAGAACUAUGAGUACGUGGACUGCCGGGGAAACUCGUCAGUGCCCCACUUGCUGGUCCCUCAUCCGCCGUGACCUGCCUGCUGGUCCCGCACUCCAGGCCCCUGCCAGCCUGGGCUGUAUCUCCCAGAACCCAAGGAAGGACUACAGUGACUUUGCCAAAGGAAAAGCUCUGCUUUAUUCUACCUCCCCCCACCACACACACCCCCUCAACCACAGGAAGCCCUAUGUGGAAGUUAACUUUACACACACACACACACACACAGAUGCACGUCACUCACGUCCUCUGACUUCCACCAGAAAAGAAGUCUGGUUCUUCUAGGAGCCAGUGCCAGGCUUUCCCCUGUGUCUGUCUUGAGGAGAGCCUGACCUGAUACAGCCUUGAGGUGUCGAGUGGCAUCUGUUCUCUGUACUGAGUACCUUGGUUGCCUCACUCCUCGGGCUGGCCUUCCUCCGGCCUGAAGGGGGAACUCUUUCAUUUUAUCUGGCUUUUAAAACAGGGAUCUUUUUCAAGUUCCCCACCCAGUGUUGGGAGGGUGACUUGAGGGAGUCAGUGCUGUCUCGUUCCUUCCGGCUUUGGUCACGUGACAAAGGGGUGAGGCUGGUCGGCUUCUCUCCUGGGAACUUGUACCCCGACGACAAGGGGCAAGGUUGGCUAAGGCCUGCAGCUCGGCGGCCUCCCCAGUUAAAGGCUGCCCCCGUUCCUAGGAAGACAGAGCUUUUCUCUGGCUAAAGCUUCUUGCCAGAAAAUCGUUUUAUUAUUCCCAUGACAGCAGGAGCAAACAUAGUAGGGGAGGAGAGGGAGGCAUCUGGCACCCCCUCUGUCUCUCCAGGAAAAAAAAAAAAAAAAACAGAUGAAGCCAGAGUCACUUGGGAAGGCAUUUAUUGAAGUUAGGCUUCUGGCUGGUGGUUGGCCCACAACCCUGGACCCAGGUCAGUCAGCCGGUUGCCCCAGCUGCUGCUCUGCGAUAGCUUACAGAGGUCAAGCUGUCAGGAUUCGGCCACAAGCUGCUGGGCUCUACGGCCUCCCCGGCUUAGCUCCAAGGCCCAUCCUCUGCUCCCAGAGGCCUCUGCUUUCCUUUGGGCAUGGGCAGGCUGGAACCGCACAUCAGGAGGGGCUGGUCUUAACCUCUCUCUGCUGUCACUCGGGUGAAGAAGCGAAGUCCCAGCUAACUCGGGCUCCCACUGGGCUGCAACUGGAGGCACUGAGCAGGAAUGGUAAUUGCUCGCUAAAGGCAGCUGUGGUUUCUCUCAGGCCUGUAGAUGAACUUAGGUGGUGGGGAAAGCUGAAUGCCAAGUUGGGUGGGUGGAGAGGAGGCAGUGGGGACAGCACCUGGCUAGCUGGCUGCGGGGGACGACGGGAAGGAAGGAGGUUGUCCUGUCUCCCCGAAUGCAUUCAUGCCUGAGUAACUAGAGUCAGGAAGAGGCUGGCAGGAGCACAAAAGUCCGGAAAGGCCAGCCUGGAGUUUCUGCUGAGUGUCAGUUGCCAAAUGUAAAGGAUUUAUAUUGUAUUCAGUGAACUAUACUUCACAAUGUUAAAGAGUAAACAAAGAGCCUCCUGUGAGUUGGGAGGAGAGCUGGACCUGCGCGACACUGCUGGGCUGUUUGGGGGUGUCUGAGUGGGUGCCAACCUCUUCUCCCCAGGCCCUGAGCCCCUCUGCUAACCACCCCUCUCCCCCUUCCUUCACCUUGUGUCUCUUAAGUUCCCUCCCUACUUUAAUAUUCCUGUUCUGUGCCCUACCCCAGGUCCCCCAGGGGAAACACUGCACUGAGGGGCCCCUUCAGCCUGUGUAGGCUUCCGUGAAAGGCCCAGGCAUCCCCUCAUCAGCGCCAGGUGGAAAAGGGGACAGGCUGUGGGAGAGACCCCGGAUGUCAGCUUCAGGAAGUGGUGAGGGGGUGAAGGCUGAUUGCUUCCGGGAGGGGCUGAGAUGGAGGAAGGAAGAGGCCUGUGGGGUUUUGUGGGCCAGUCUGCCUCCCCUUCCCAAGAUGAGGUGUCCUGUGUUUAAGGGGACAGUCCGCCUUUCCUCUGAGCUCUUUCCAGCCCUGCGUCCCGUCAUCCAUGCCACAGCUCAGUGCCCGCUGUGGGCCAGGCAUUACACUGGACUUCGGGGGGGCACUGCCUGCCACCUCCAGUCCAGCUCCAGGCCUGCUCUGGUGUGAUGCAAUUCCUCCUCCUCAGUAAGCAUCUGCCAGUGGGGAGGGGUGAUGGUUCCAGCGAGAGUCCUAAACCUAGAGCCUCCAACAGGGGGGUGCCUGGGGGCCUCAGUCGGUUAAGCAUCUGACUUUUUUAAUUUAGGCUUGAGCCAGGGUUGCCAGAUGGGGCCCUGUGUCCGGCCCUGUGCUCAGCAAGGAGUCUGUUUGUC